AUGACUCGACAAAAUUUGAUAGGACCCAUAAAAUUAAGAAGAAAAACGAUUAUGGAUUCUCAAAAGAAGAGAGGAAAUGGUGCACUUAAUAAAAGGCACCCAACAUUCUCUUAUACUCCAAUACACACUCGUAGAAGAUCGAAUGUUUGUAAUAACAGCAAAUCACCAAUCUCAAUAAGAUCUUUAUCUUUUAGUCCAAUUUCUUUACCAACAGCCUCUUCUGCUCCUGAUUUAUUAUUCUCGUCAUCAUCAUCUUCGUUUAAAACUAACAGCUCUUCCGGGCAAACUCCAGAAAGUGAAAUUCCAUCAACUCCAACAUCUUCAAUAUUUUCAACAUCUGAUUCAUUAGAAUAUACGAGUUUUCCUAAUUUUGAAAAAUUUGCUGACGAGAGUUGGUCUGAUAAUAAAAAAGCACAUUUUUAUGACUUGGAAAUGGAAAGCUAUGAUGAAAUGUUUGUAAAUGGAAUAAGAUUACAAUAUUGA